AUGCCGACCACACACCUUCUCGACUGCAACGAGGAUGUGCUUUGGUUGAUCCUAGGGUACCUGUCCCAAGGUGAUCUUCGCAAUGCAGAUUUGCGAGAGGCCUUAUCCUUCGUGGAGAGGACUCAGUUACCCUAUCGCGACAUUUGGGCGGCGGAACUACGUGCGGGCACCAUUGACGCCCACCUCGCCGUCCUAUUAUCACAGUUACCGCGCCUCCAGGACUUACGUCUCAGCAACAAGUUUUACCAGAAGUGUGACCUUGUGGCUCUCGUCUUGCGAAGUAUGCUUUGCGAUUCUCACUCCGGGCAACCUAUACCCGGAUUCAGUAGCACCAGUUUACACCAACUCCACACCGUCGAUCUCGAACGGUAUCCCGGCCUGCGGCUGGCCCCGGAGACUCGGAACACGGAAUGUAUCCUCCCGCUUUUCUACCUCCCAUCCAUCAAGGACAUGUCCAUCUCGAUGCCGGACCCACCAGAGCCCGAAUUCCCGUGGCCCACCUCCCAGCCGCCUUCCGCCCUCGGGCUCCGCACCCUCCGCCUCCAUCACAUCCGAGAAGCCCACCUCGGCCAGGUCCUCGCCGCCGCGCCGCGCCUCCACACCCUGCACUGGAACUGGCGCUACGACCCGGACACCGAGGACCAAUUCAACACCCCCACCGUCAACCUGGACCUCCUCCUCCCCGCCCUCCUCCCCCUCCGCGACACCCUCACCACGCUCGACAUCUUCGCCUUCAGCCUCUUCUCCCCCCGACCCUACAUCCCCUUCCCCCUCCACGUCCAGGGGUCCAUGCACCCCCUGUCCACCUUCCCCCACCUCACAACCCUCACCAUCCCGCUCGUCUUCUUCACCGGCUUCCCCCUCCCCAUCCCACACACCACCACCACCACCGGCCUGUCCCACAGCCUGCCGCCCAACCUCGAAGCGCUCACGCUGACGGACGACCUGUACGCCGACAUCGACACGGAGGAGCCGUGGGACGUGACGGGCCACGUCCUGGCCGUGCGCGCGUGGCUGGCCGCCGGCGCCGGCGCCGACGUGCGGGCGCGCACGCCGCGGCUGAGGAGCGUGGUGCUGGUGCUGAGGGGGGAGGACGACGAGGUGUGUGAGGAGGAGCGGGCGGCGAGGGAGGAGAUUCGGGGGCUGGCGCGGGGGGCGGGGAUUGGGUUGGAUAUUAGGCGGGAUGAGGAGGCGGGGGUUGGGAUGGUGUGGAGGGGGUAG